AUGUCUCGCCCAAUCGAAAUCAUCGCCUUCGUGCAACCCAAAGCCGGAAAAGCAGACAGAGUCCAGGAAAUCCUCACCGAAGCCGCGCAAAUCGUAAAGGAAACUGAACCUGGCAUUCUGCGCUACCAUCUCCACCGCGAAAUCAAAGGCGACAAACCGAGGUUUGUCAUGCUGGAGAAAUACGAGAACCAAGCCGCACUCGACUUUCACGUAAAAAGCGACAUCGGUGUUCGAGUAGGCAAGGCGUUCAAAGAAGAAGAUUUGGUCGAGAGUCCAAUGAAGAUUAUUUUUGUGAAGAGUGUUGGAGGGUACGCUAGCAAGUUGUAA